GGACGAAUUGUGCGUUGUGCGCAUGCGUUGAAACCGAGGGUGGGAGUGCGUAGAAACUUAUGUGAUUUGUAGGUUAUUUGGUCAGUAAAGUCAGGAAAUUGUAUCAUUGUAUGUACACAUUUGUCAUACAUACAAUUUGGAAUUAUCAUCUAAUAAAAAUGUCUAAGAGUUGUUAUUUGUGCAAUCGUAAGCCAUCAAAGAAUGAAUACAUUUCUGUACAUGGAUUUCCAAAGAAUCUAACUCUUCGUCAAAAAUGGAAAGAUGCUUGUGGGUUAACCGAGGCAGAUGAUGUAUCUCAUGUUUACAUUUGUUCAGUUCAUUUUGUUUCUGAAAAUUUGAAGAUAACGAAAGUUGCUGGCAAUUCAAGAAUAGUUCUAAAGCCUGGGUCAGUUCCUUCAAUAUGUAUUCCGAAUUCAUCCCGAUUUGAGGUUGUGCCAGCAAUUGACAACAUUAUCGAAGAAAAUAUAACAUCACUAAAUGUCGACUCUUAUUUAUCACCGACGGACUGUGCGCCUAUUCUUCAAGAUGUAGAACAUAUGGAUACAGUUGAUUUUUCUUCAUCAGCUGACUGUGAGCCUUCCUUCCAACAGAAUCUUGAAUUGAAGGAAUUCCAACAGAACUCGAUAGAAACCGAUCAAUCCAAACGUAAUUCUUGUUUUACUUAGGUUCUGAUGAAAAUUACGUUAAUACUCCUAAGAAGCGUCGAUUUCAUCAACCACGCUAUAUCUCAGAAAUCACUUCACCUGAUUUUGCCACUCCAAGAAGAGCUCGACGAACUUUAAAGUUCAUAAAAGACAAGGAGCAAGAGAGGUUAAAAAAAAUUAAAUACUUGCAAAAUAUCAACAGAAAUCAGAGGAAACGUAUCACCUCUUUAAAAGAUAUGAUUAAACAUUUACAUGAUAAAGGAUUGAUGUCCCACGAAGCAGGAGAUUCAUUAACGGUAACAUAAUCCCAUUCAAAUCACAUUCCGAUUGUUGCAAUUGUAUAUAAAAGAUGCUUAUAAUUUUACGUUUAGGGCUU